AUGGCCGGCCGCGGUGGUGGAAACAGGAACAAGGUCCUGCUGCCUCCAAUCAACUUCAUCUUCAAGCUCCUCCAGACGCGCGCAACCGUGCAGAUCUGGCUGUUCGAGCAGAUUGGCAUGCGCAUCGAGGGCAAGAUUCGCGGCUUCGACGAAUUCAUGAACCUUGUCAUCGACGACGCCGUUGAGGUCAAGCUUGCCACGAAGGACACUCAGGAAGCGCGCCGCGCGCUUGGCCAAAUUCUCCUCAAGGGCGACAACGUCUCUCUCAUCCAGAGCGUUGAGGCUUGA